AUGUCGAAGCGAACGAGCAGCGCCGUGACAAACGGCAGCGCCGCCAAGGAUGCCGGCAACUUCAACGCCCCGGCCUACGACAAGCAGAAGCUCCUCCUGUCUGCCGACACUGGCCACUUCUCUCUCAUCCGCGCCCUCCACCUCGCCGACGUCAUUACCUUGUGCAAUGCUGACAAGUUUGACCUGCCGUUCAUAGGUGCCUGCGGCGUCAUGUCCAUCUUCACCUCCCUUCGCUACUGCCUUGGCGACCCUGCGUCCGUAAACACGCUCUAUCUCGCCCUCUUUUUCCUGCCAUUUGGCUUGUUCUUCGACUUCAUGGACGGCAAAGUCGCGCGGUGGAGGAAGAAGAGCAGCAUGAUGGGUCAGGAGCUUGAUUCCCUGGCCGACUUGAUCUCCUUUGGCGUCGCUCCCGCUUCCGUGGCCUUCGCCCUCGGCCUACGCACCGCUGUUGACCAUGCCUGCCUGACCUUCUUCGUGCUUUGUGGGCUCACCCGUCUUGCUCGCUUCAAUGUCACCGUUUCGGUUCUCCCCAAGGAUGCGACUGGCAAGAGCAAAUACUUUGAGGGAACGCCCAUCCCCACGAGUCUCGGUCUCGACGCCGUCAUGGCCUACUUCAUUUCACAGCGCUGGAUUUUGCAGGACCUGCCUCUUGGAACAUGGCUCGCUGGCUCAGCCUUUGAAUUUCACCCCAUCGCCCUCAUUUUCAUCAUCCACGGAUGUAUGAUGACGAGCAGAAGCAUCCACAUCCCUAAGCCCUGA